GCUAAAGCUAUGCAUUUAACAUCUCUAUAAAUAGCUCUCACAUUCAUCAUAUCUUCACUUCGCUCCUUACCAUUCUUUCUCUCCUUGAAACCAGACCAUCUCUAUACGCUCUUUCAACAUCCUUACUUUUUUGCUUUCCAAAUGGCCAGCGUUGAGGUUGAGACAGCCGCAACAGUACCUGAGGUGAUCAAGACUGAGGAGACGAAGACCGAAGAACCUGCCGCACCACCUGCCUCUGAGCCCGUAGCCGCCGAUGCUAAACCUGCAGAAGAACCUGCAGCUGCUCCUACAGAACCGGAAGUUGAAGCUCCUGCCGAGGCUGAAACCGAGAAUGUUGAAGAAGUAGAAAAGGUUGAGAAGACUGAGGAGCCUGCACCAGAAGUAGAUCAAGAGACAGAAAAGCCAGCUGAGGCUGAGGCUGAGCCUGAGGCUGAGGCUGGGGCUGAGCCUGAGCCUGAGCCAGUUGCAGAGGAGAAGCCCACAGAGACUGUAACAGAGACACCAGCUGCUCCUGCAGAGGAAGAGAAACCAGCUGAAGAAGAGAAGCCAGUCACUGAAGCACCAGAGACAGCCACCACAGAGGUUCCAGUGGAAAAAACUGAGGAAUAAAUAGGCCUAUUAUGUGAAAGUUUGGGAGAUGGAGUUUCUGUUAUUUAUUAUAUUUUAUUUAUUAAGUUAUGGUUAUUAAAGGUAAGGAUCGAUUUGGAAUGGUUUUGGAGAGCUGUAGAGUCAGUGUUUGAGCAAAAUCUGGGAUCUAUCUGAAUCAGGGCACAUGGCAGGAGAUGAGAGUCACUGUGAAGUCUACAUGGGUUAGUGAUAUUUGCGGUGUGAUGUGCGGAUGUGAUUUGUUGUUUCUUAUAAUAAUGAUAUUGUUUUUCUUUUCUUUUAUUUUUUUAUUGCCAAUGGAUGUGUGUUUUCAACUAGGUCGUCUAUGUCAUGUUUAUAUAGUCUGUUAUUAUUUCAUUAAAAUAAUAUAAAUAAAAGAAAAAAUUCAGAAGGUUCAUUCUA